GGAGGAGGAGGAGGAGGAGGAAAAAAAAGGACGCAAAGUUCCCGGGCGAGCUGUCUGCUUCUGGAAGUGACAUCAACGGGAACGAGGAGACUCUUCAAGCUGCAUUGCAUUGUGACAUGUCUGAUCCCUUGCUCCACUCCAUGCAGCAUGAACAAAGUGGCCGCCGCUGACCUGCCGUGAGGUUGCCCCACAGCACUUCGGGGUCCAUGUCUGAAUGGAUUGCUGUGGCCUUCUCAGCUCUCCCUUCGCCCAGUGCCCUGCGCCCUAAGACUCGAAGCCAGAACGGGACCUGGAAAAAUUACAUGGUGUCAACGGCAUGUCUGUGGAUGAGAAGCCUGACUCCCCCAUGUAUGUGUAUGAGUCCACAGUCCACUGUACCAACAUCCUCCUGGGCCUCAAUGACCAGCGGAAAAAGGAUAUUCUCUGUGACGUGACUCUCAUCGUGGAGAGGAAGGAGUUCCGGGCCCACCGGGCUGUGCUGGCCGCAUGCAGUGAAUAUUUCUGGCAGGCGCUCGUCGGACAGACGAAAAAUGACUUGGUGGUCAGCUUGCCUGAGGAGGUCACCGCCAGGGGCUUUGGGCCGCUGUUGCAGUUCGCCUACACCGCCAAGCUGUUACUCAGCAGAGAGAACAUCCGGGAGGUCAUCCGCUGUGCCGAGUUCCUGCGCAUGCACAACCUGGAGGACUCCUGCUUCAGCUUCCUGCAGACCCAGCUGCUGGACAGCGAGGAUGGCCUGUUUGUCUGCCGCAAGGACGCCGCGUGCCAGCGCCCACACGAGGACCAUGAGAACUCGGCUGGAGAGGAGGAGGACGAGGAGGAGGAGACGAUGGAGUCGGAGGCCGCCAAGAUGACUUGCCCCGGGGACCAGAUGCUUCCAGACCCCAUCCGCUUCGAGGCUACCCCCAUCCCGGUGGCCGAGAAGGAGGAAGCUUUGCUGCCUGAGGCCGACGUGCCCGCCGAUGCCAAGGAGAGCUCUGAGAAGGACGCCUUGACCCAGUACCCCAGAUACAAGAAAUACCAGCUUGCAUGUACCAAGAAUGUCUACAAUGCUUCAUCACACAGUACCUCAGGCUUUGCAAGCACAUUCAGCGAAGAGAACUCUGGCAGUGGCGGCAGUGGUGGCGGCGGUGGUGGUGGUGGCGGCGGCAGCGGCAGUGGCGUCAAGUCCAGGCUCGCCGUGGGGCAGAUUAAAAGCGAGCCGCCCAGCGAAGAGAAUGAAGAGGAGAGCAUCACACUCUGCCUGUCGGGAGACGAGCCCGACAUCAAGGACCGGGCGGGGGACGUGGAUAUGGACCAGAAACAGCCCAGCCCCGCGCCCACCGCGGCGCCCCCGGCCGGGCCCGGUGGCCUGGAGAGAGCCAGGAGCGAGUCCUCGUCCUCCUGUCUGAGGUCUCUGUUCAGCAUCACAAAAGGUGUGGAGUUGACUGGGCUGCCCAACACGCCUCCGCAGCACUUUGCCAGGGGUUCAACAUGCCCUUUCGACAAGGGGAUCUCUCAGGGUGACCUUAAAACGGACUACGCCCCCUUCACGGGGACUUACGGGCAGCCCCACCUGGGCCAGAAGGACUUGUCCAACUUCUCCCUGGGGUCGCCGCUCAAGGGGCCGGGGCUGGAGGCGCUCUGUAAACAGGAAGGAGAACUGGACCGGAGAAGCGUCAUCUUCUCCUCCAGCACGUGCGACCAAGCGAGCACCGCCAUCCACUCCUACCCUGGGGUGGGCAGCUUGGACAAAGAGCUCUCGGAGCCGCUGCCAAAGGGCCUGUGGGUGGGGGCCGGCCAGUCCCUCCCCAGCUCCCAGGCCUAUUCCCAUGGCGGGCUCGUGGCCGACCACUUGCCAGGAAGAAUGCGCCCCAACACUAGCUGCCCGGUGCCAAUCAAAGUCUGCCCCCGCUCACCCCCACUGGAGACCAGGACCAGGACUUCCAGCUCCUGCUCCUCCUACUCGUACGCAGAGGACGGCAGCGGGGGCUCCCCCUGCAGCCUGCCCCUCUGCGAGUUCUCCUCAUCGCCCUGUUCCCAGGGAGCCCGCUUCCUUGCCACUGAACACCCAGAGCCAGGCCUGAUGGCAGAUGGAAUGUACAACCAAGUGCGACCCCAGAUCAAAUGUGAGCAAUCCUACGGAACCAACUCCAGCGACGAAUCCGGAUCGUUCUCGGAAGCAGACAGUGAGUCGUGUCCUGUGCAGGACAGGGGCCAGGAGGUCAAACUUCCCUUUCCUGUUGAUCAAAUCACAGACCUUCCAAGGAACGAUUUCCAGAUGAUGAUUAAGAUGCACAAACUAACCUCAGAACAGUUAGAGUUCAUCCAUGACGUCCGCCGGCGCAGCAAGAACCGCAUCGCGGCCCAGCGCUGCCGCAAGAGGAAACUGGACUGUAUUCAGAAUUUAGAAUGUGAAAUCCGCAAAUUGGUCUGUGAGAAAGAGAAACUGUUGUCAGAGAGGAACCAGCUGAAAGCCUGCAUGGGGGAGCUGCUCGACAACUUCUCCUGCCUUUCCCAGGAAGUGUGCCGGGACAUCCAGAGCCCCGAGCAGAUCCAGGCCUUGCAUCGGUACUGCCCAGUGCUCCGGCCCGUGGGUCUCCCCACAGCCUCCAGUAUUAACCCCGCGCCCUUGGGCCUCAACCAGAACCUUGCCCCGUCCCAGUGUGCCACGGGGGAGAGCGGGCCCUGCUGCCCAGAGCAGGGUGCCGCUGCCGCAGCCGCCCCCCCAGGAUCCCCCUGGGGCCCCAGCAGCACCUCGGAGAAUUGUACUUCCGCCAGGAGGCUGGAAGGCCCUGGAGCAGGCCCCUUCCCAGAGAGAGGCCCUCCUCUGGAAGCCCGGGGUCAGACGGUGACGGUGGACUUCUGCCAGGAAAUGACUGACAAGUGUACGACCGACGAGCAGCCACGAAAGGAGUACACCUAGCGCCCACCCUGCCGGGGUCUCCAGGCCAGCCUGCGGCCUGCUCACCUGUUGUCUGAAGAACUCGAAGGAAUUUGGUGCACACUACAAGCCGUCUUCGCAGCAAUACUGUUCCUCAGUAUUUCCUCCUCUUUCGAGCAGGAGUGGUGGAGAGUUACCUUCACUAUGGUGCUACCCUGGCUCACGCGGGGAAAGAACACAGUGACGACGACGACUCUUGUCUGUGGGUCACUCUCAGUCUUCACAGGGAUAGACUCUGUCACCUCCGG